CCAGCGCACGGUAACAGUCAAUCCUUCUCACAUGGGAAAGGCAUUCAAGGUCAUGAAUGAAUUACGGAGCAAGCGGCUCCUCUGUGACGUGGUGAUUGUUGCCGAAGCCAUUGAGAUGGAAGCCCAUCGCAUUGUCCUAGCAGCCUGCAGCCCCUAUUUUUGUGCAAUGUUUACAGGAGACAUGACUGAAAGUAAAGCAAAGAAGAUUGAAAUAAAAGACGUUGAUGGGCAAACACUGAGUAAGCUGAUUGAUUACAUCUACACAGCUGAAAUAGAGGUCACGGAAGAGAACGUGCAGGUUUUGUUGCCAGCUGCCAGCUUAUUGCAAUUAAUGGAUGUUAGACAAAACUGCUGUGAUUUUCUCCAGUCCCAGCUGCACCCCACAAAUUGCCUUGGAAUUCGAGCCUUUGCAGAUGUGCACACCUGCACUGAACUUCUGCAGCAGGCAAAUGCCUAUGCAGAGCAGCACUUUCCCGAGGUGAUGCUAGGGGAAGAAUUCCUUAGCCUUAGUCUGGACCAGGUUUGCAGUUUAAUAUCAAGUGACAAGCUCACUGUGUCUUCAGAAGAAAAGGUCUUUGAAGCUGUUAUAUCUUGGAUAAAUUAUGAGAAAGAGUCUCGCUUAGAACACAUGGCUAAACUGAUGGAGCAUGUUCGUCUGCCCCUUUUGCCCAGAGAUUAUCUUGUACAGACAGUUGAAGAAGAAGCUUUAAUCAAGAAUAACAACACGUGUAAAGACUUCCUUAUUGAGGCCAUGAAAUAUCACUUGCUUCCUCUGGAUCAAAGGCAAUUGAUAAAGAAUCCUAGAACAAAACCAAGGACUCCAGUUAGCCUGCCAAAGGUAAUGAUUGUGGUUGGUGGGCAAGCGCCCAAAGCCAUCCGGAGUGUGGAGUGUUACGAUUUUGAGGAGGAUCGGUGGGAGCAGAUAGCUGAGCUUCCCUCCCGGAGAUGCAGAGCAGGUGUGGUGUUUAUGGCAGGCAACGUUUAUGCUGUCGGGGGAUUUAACGGCUCUCUCAGAGUGCGAACUGUAGACGUGUAUGAUGGCGUGAAGGAUCAGUGGACGUCAAUUGCCAGCAUGCAGGAACGACGAAGCACUUUGGGGGCAGCUGUGCUGAAUGAACUCCUGUAUGCUGUGGGCGGAUUUGAUGGAAGCACUGGUCUGGCAUCAGUAGAGGCCUAUAGCUAUAAAACCAAUGAGUGGUUUUUUGUGGCUCCCAUGAACACAAGAAGAAGCAGUGUUGGAGUUGGAGUUGUGGAGGGUAAGCUGUAUGCUGUGGGGGGUUAUGAUGGAGCAUCACGUCAGUGCCUUAGUACCGUAGAACAGUAUAAUCCGGCUACAAAUGAAUGGACCUACGUUGCUGAUAUGAGCACUCGGCGCAGCGGUGCAGGUGUCGGUGUUCUCAGUGGACAGCUAUAUGCUACUGGAGGGCACGAUGGUCCCUUGGUGAGGAAGAGUGUGGAGGUUUAUGAUCCAGGAACAAAUACCUGGAAACAAGUUGCAGAUAUGAACAUGUGUAGAAGAAAUGCAGGUGUGUGUGCUGUGAAUGGGCUACUCUAUGUGGUUGGAGGAGAUGAUGGUUCUUGCAAUUUGGCCUCUGUAGAGUAUUAUAAUCCUGUCACUGAUAAAUGGACGUUACUGCCAACGAAUAUGAGCACUGGAAGAAGUUAUGCAGGUGUGGCUGUGAUUCAUAAACCAUUGUGA